CGCGCCCCCACGUGCUUCCGCUUCGCCGCUGGCUGGGAUCCUCCGGGCAGUGAUAAUCUUUUACCAUGCAUCGGAAGAAGGUGGAUAACCGGAUCCGGAUUCUCAUUGAGAAUGGAGUAGCUGAGCGGCAAAGGUCUCUCUUUGUUGUAGUCGGGGAUCAAGGAAAAGAUCAGGUGGUAAUACUCCAUCACAUGUUAUCUAAAGCAACUGUGAAGGCUCGGCCUUCAGUGCUCUGGUGUUAUAAGAAAGAGCUGGGGUUUAGCAGUCACCGGAAGAAAAGAAUGCGACAGUUGCAGAAGAAAAUAAAGAAUGGGACAUUGAACAUAAAGCAAGAUGACCCCUUUGAACUCUUCGUAGCAGCCACAAACAUCCGCUACUGCUACUACAAUGAGACCCACAAGAUCCUGGGCAAUACCUUCGGCAUGUGUGUCCUCCAGGAUUUUGAAGCGUUAACUCCAAACUUGCUGGCCAGGACUGUAGAAACGGUGGAAGGCGGUGGGUUGGUGGUUAUCCUCCUGCGGACCAUGAACUCACUCAAACAGUUGUACACGAUGACCAUGGACGUGCAUUCCAGAUACAGGACUGAGGCCCAUCAGGAUGUGGUGGGAAGAUUUAAUGAGAGGUUUAUUCUCUCUCUGGCCUCUUGUAAGAAGUGUCUCGUCAUUGAUGACCAGCUCAAUAUCCUGCCCAUCUCCUCCCACGUUGCCAGCAUCGAGGCCCUGCCUCCACAGACUCCGGAUGAGAGUCUUGGUCCUUUGGAUCUGGAGCUGAAGGAGUUGAAGGAGAGCUUGCAAGACACCCAGCCUGUGGGCGUGCUGGUAGACUGCUGCAAGACCCUAGACCAGGCCAAAGCUGUCUUGAAAUUCAUUGAGGGGAUCUCUGAAAAGACCCUGAGGAGUACUGUUGCACUCACAGCUGCCCGAGGACGGGGAAAAUCUGCAGCCCUGGGAUUGGCUAUUGCUGGGGCAGUGGCAUUUGGGUACUCCAAUAUCUUUGUUACUUCCCCAAGCCCUGAUAACCUCCAUACACUGUUUGAAUUUGUAUUUAAAGGAUUUGAUGCUCUGCAAUAUCAGGAGCAUCUGGAUUAUGAGAUUGUUCAGUCUCUAAAUCCUGAAUUUAACAAAGCAGUGAUCAGAGUGAAUGUAUUCCGAGAACACAGGCAGACCAUUCAGUAUAUACAUCCUGCAGAUGCUGUGAAACUGGGCCAGGCUGAACUCGUUGUGAUUGAUGAAGCUGCCGCCAUCCCUCUCCCCCUGGUGAAAAGCCUCCUGGGCCCCUACCUUGUUUUCAUGGCAUCCACCAUCAAUGGCUAUGAGGGCACUGGCCGGUCACUGUCCCUCAAGCUGAUUCAGCAGCUCCGUCAGCAGAGUGCCCAGAGCCAGGUCAGCACCACUGCUGAGAACAAGACCACGAUGACAGCCAGACUGGCAUCAGCACGAACGUUGCACGAGGUUUCCCUCCAGGAGUCAAUCCGCUAUGCACCUGGGGAUGUGGUGGAGAAGUGGCUGAAUGACUUGCUGUGCCUGGAUUGCCUCAACAUUACUCGGAUAGUCUCGGGCUGCCCAUUGCCUGAAGCCUGUGAACUCUACUAUGUUAAUAGAGACACCCUCUUUUGCUACCACAAGGCUUCUGAAGUUUUCCUCCAGCGGCUUAUGGCCCUCUAUGUUGCUUCUCACUACAAGAACUCUCCCAGUGACCUCCAGAUGCUUUCCGAUGCACCUGCUCACCAUCUCUUCUGCCUCCUGCCUCCCGUGCCCCCCACCCAGAAUGCCCUGCCUGAAGUGCUUGCUGUAGUCCAGGUGUGCCUUGAAGGGGAGAUUUCUCGCCAGUCCAUCUUGAACAGCUUGUCUCGAGGCAAGAAGGCUUCAGGGGACCUGAUUCCAUGGACGGUGUCUGAACAGUUCCAAGAUCCAGACUUCGGCGGUCUUUCUGGUGGAAGGGUGGUUCGCAUUGCUGUGCACCCAGAUUAUCAAGGGAUGGGCUAUGGCAGCCGGGCUCUGCAGCUGCUGCAGAUGUACUAUGAGGGCAGAUUCCCUUGUCUGGAGGAAAAGGUCCUUGAGACCUCACAAGAAAUUCACACCGUAAGCAGUGAGGCCGUCAGCCUAUUGGAAGAGGUCAUCACUCCCCGGAAGGACCUGCCUCCUUUACUCCUCAAAUUGAAUGAGAGGCCUGCCGAGCGCCUGGAUUAUCUGGGCGUUUCCUAUGGUUUGACGCCCAGGCUCCUCAAAUUCUGGAAGCGGGCUGGAUUUGUUCCUGUGUAUCUGAGACAGACCCCGAAUGACCUGACAGGAGAGCACUCAUGCAUCAUGCUCAAGACGCUGGAUGAGGAAGACGAGGCUGACCAGGGAGCCUGGCUUGUGGCCUUUUGGAAAGAUUUCCGAAGACGGUUCCUAGCCUUGCUGUCCUACCAGUUCAGCACCUUCUCUCCUUCCCUGGCUCUGAACAUCAUUCAGAAUCGGAACGUGGGGAGACCAGCCCAGCCAGCCCUAUGCCGGGAGGAGCUGGAAGCACUCUUCCUUCCCUAUGACCUGAAGCGGCUGGAGAUGUACUCACGGAACAUGGUUGACUAUCACCUCAUCAUGGACUUGAUCCCGGCCAUCUCCCGCGUGUAUUUCCUGAACCAGCUGGGGGACCUGGCCCUGUCUGCUGCUCAGUCAGCUCUUCUUUUGGGGAUUGGCCUGCAGCAUAAGUCUGUGGACCAGCUGGAAAAGGAGAUUGAGCUGCCUUCGGGCCAGUUGAUGGGACUUUUCAACCGGAUCAUCCGCAAAGUUGUGAAGCUAUUUAAUGAAGUGCAGGAAAAGGCCAUUGAGGAGCAGAUGGUGGCAGUGAAGGAUGUGGUCAUGGAGCCCACGAUGAAGACGCUGAGUGAUGACCUGGAUGAAGCUGCAAAGGAAUUCCAGGAGAAGCACAGGAAGGAGGUGGGGAAGCUGAAGAACAUGGACCUCUCACAAUACAUAAUCCGUGGGGAUGAUGAAGAGUGGAAUGAAGUUUUGAACAAAGUUGGUCAGAAUGCGUCCAUCGUCAGCCUGAAAAGUGACAAGAAAAGAAAGUUGGAAGCCAAACAAGAACCCAAACAGAACAAGAAGUUGAAAAGAAACAGGGACGCAAAGAACAAAAAAGAUAUGAAACUGAAGUGGAAGAAAUAGUGACGAGGAACUCUGGCAUAAGCAGCCGACCCAUGAGGACAUGCCCGGACCUCCUCUCUGGCUGGAUGGGGCUGCAGCCUAGGCUGUUAAAAGCAGCAAGAGCCCCUGGCAGACUGAGGGUCCCUGGUCCUGACUGUGGCUGUACGCCAUUCCGCUCCUGGCUCCAUCUAGCAGGGCUGCUGCCCCAGUGUCUCAGAAAAACCUGAGCCCUUAAUUUAGGGAGGAUAUGACAUCCGAGUGCCUAAGGCCUGUUAUUUCAUCCAUUUGGGAAAAAAUGUUGGGAAAGGACCUUUUGCUAGCAGCGGAGAGGGGAGGGGUAUAUAUUUUUAAUAAAUAACAUCCUAGAAAGACCCAAGUGCCUGUGGGCGAUCAUGAAA